AUGCUUCAGGCAGAGUCUUAUGCUCGAGGAUUUACUGGUCAGGCCAGAUCACUCGAUCGUAAAACAUCUUUCAGAGUCAAUAACCGUUUCCUUCCCGGACUAUACUACGGAUUGGAAGACGACGACAAAGCAGAGUUGGAGAUACAGGCUACGUGGAUUAAUGUUCACGGCUUCGGGGUGGGUUGGUAUACCGACACCCUCGCAGAAUUCGACCCCUCCGUCAAAGGCAUGCAACCCGCUCAGUUUAGGACUAUUGCCCCGAUUUCUACCGAUCUUGCAUUUAGCCAGCUUUGUGCUCAUACCGCAUCCAAAUGCACGCUGGCUCACAUCAGAGAUGCCAGUUUCCCUCCCGUCGUGGAAGUAAACAACCAUCCUUUCAUAUUUGGGAAAUAUGCGUUCAUGCACAACGGAAGCGUCGCUGAUUUCGCUCCCAUUCGAUUCGACGUGAUGCGGAGAAUAGCCGAACUGCAAGCGACAGUGCAAACACUCGCCUUGGCAUCCUCUGUCCCGAAUUCCAACUACGUGUUCAACAUUCGAGGAAACACUGACACUGAGCAUUUGGCGACCCUUUACUUCGCUCACCUCGAUCUCAUCAAAGCAGGGAUCAGGUCCAGGCGGGGUCCUGGUGGUUUCGAGAUUCCCUUCGACACUGACUCGACUGAUGCACUGCUACUUGCUCUUGUCAACACCAUUGCUGAUCUUCACAAAAUUCAGCGUCGUCACAAGACCGGCCCUUUCACUCCUGGCAAUGUCCGUGCUGGAAAUAAACUGAACCUCUGCAUAACCGACAGCGGAAAUCAGAUGCUUGUGUGUCGCUGGAGGGACGCGAAGGAAGGUUUCCCGCCCAGCCUUUACCUUUCGCUCACCGCUGGCGAGAAGCUGAACAGGAAAUAUUUCCCUGUUCUUCCUAGUCCCAAGAUUUCAGAGGACAUCAACAACACAGAUGUCAAGAUCGAUUCAGUCAGAGAACUGGUACAGAGAUACCAGGACCUCCCUCCCAGUCAACAAGGGCGACAUGUCAUCGUUGGCUCCGAACCUUGCACUGAAUAUGUCGAUGAUUGGGGUCUCUUCGAUCAGAACCAAUGCGUUAUUGUCGAUGAAAACCACAAGUUGAAGAUCAUCAAUCUGGCGAAAUUCUUCCGAGAAGGCCGUGAGCAUGAAUUUAAGAGGUACCACUUCGACAACGUCUUCGACCAAAUUUCCAACUCCGAGAGCAAUGCUCCUACACCGGUGAUUGGAGUUCCAACGCAACCCAUCGAUCUGCCUGAUUCCAAGUGUGAGGCUUUCGAGGCUGAGCUGGACUUGAAGAAAGUUUGA